UUAGCUUUUAUGACUCAUUCCAAAUCUAGAUUAAAACAUUUGAGAUUUCACUCAUCUCUCUGUGUUGAAUGUACGUGUGCGUUCAGACAGUAACAACCAUAGGGGGACUACGAGAGCAAAGGAUGAACAUGGGGCAGAAAGUCUCAGGGGGAAUCAAGACCAUCUCCAAUGCCAGAGAACCAACUUACAAAGCUAUUAACCGUGAACCUGCAUACAAUCCAGAUUUUCAGAAACCAAGUAGGCUGGAUGCUCUGCUUGAUAUGCCGCCAUCUUCUCGGGAAGUUCAAAUCAAGCACGCUUGGAAUGCAGAUGAUAGAUCGCUGAAUAUAUUUGUCAAAGAUGAUGACCAAAUGACCUUCCAUAGACACCCAGUUGCCCAAAGCACUGACUGCAUCCGAGGCAGGUUUGGAUACACUCGGGGUCUCCAUGUUUGGGAAAUAUUCUGGAGUACAAGGCAACGGGGCACUCAUGCUGUUGUGGGGGUGGCCACAAGUGAGGCCCCAUUACACUGUGUCGGAUAUCAGAGCCUUGUUGGUAGUAACAAAGACUCGUGGGGUUGGGAUCUGGGUAGAAAUAAACUCUACCAUGACAUGAAAAACACACCGGGAGUCACAUAUCCAACUUUACUAAACUCUGAUGAAAACUUCGUUGUACCAGACAGUUUUCUAGUCGUCUUAGAUAUGGAUGAAGGGACAUUAAGUUUUGUGGUAGAUGGACAGUAUUUAGGCGUAGCCUUCAGGGGUCUCAAAGGGAAGAAACUCUACCCAAUUGUGAGUGCUGUCUGGGGUCAUUGUGAAAUUACCAUGAAGUACAUUGGAGGAUUAGAUCGUAAGUAUAUUUAAAUUGUUAACAUUUAUUGACAUUCUGUAUGUACAUUUAUUAGUUGGCCACCUGAAAUCGCUUCAGCCAUUCACACUAAUUUUUAACACGCAAUAAACAUUCAAGCACUAGCCUAUAUCCGUUUUGGCACCAUGUAUGCUAUCUAGAUUCAUUUUAUCCAGAUCAGAUUACUUUUUAUUUGAUUUAGAGAUGAUGAAUAAGGUGAUUUGAAUAUGGCAGCAAGUGAUCCAUUUGUGAUGUUUAGUAAAUUGAUUCUAAUUGUUAAGAAAGUCAGAAAAGGCAAUACCUGGUACAAAUUUUAAAAUUCAGAUUUAUUGGUUAUAAGCAAUAUUCUUAGUGUAAGACAUAACAAAAAAUAUUUGUAGUAGUUUCAUAUCACGUUUUAUCAGACCGAAAGCUCAGCAGGGAAUCUGUUAUAAAAUAGAUGUUUCCUAAGUUAACUCAACCAAGAAGUAGUUAAAAUUUUGACACUGGCGAAGUCCCUAAUUAUGAGCAACUAUUUGGCUGGAAUAGACUUAUGAGCCUUGAAGAAACCCUGAAUUAAACCUGAAUUAAAUACCCCACAAUAACUUGUUAGGGUCAUAUGUAUUGUGUUGUCGGGAGCAAAAUAUAGUUGCACAAAAUGGCUCUGAUGCUACCAGUUCAGAUUAAAAUUCAAUUUUAAAUAUAGAAGUAACAAUAUUUCUGUAAAAUGUUCUUUAUAUUAACAUGAUUCAGUUUAAGAUAAUUUCUGUCUGAAAAAUUAUAAAUUGUCAUGUUAAGUCUUAAAUUAAGUUAAAAUUAUUUAGUUAAAAAAUUAAAAAGUAUCUAGAGUGUUUUCCCUUGACAAAUAAUUUCAAACAACUUUCAUUAGCUCAGUUACUUUUGAACAAUAUUUACUUAGGAUAAAAGAAUGUACAAAGAAGUGUUUGUAAUCUCCUGGAUAAAGUGUUUAAAACAAAAAAAGAGUUUUUCAACUUGUAUAAACAAUGAAUUCAACAAAUAUGAUUUUUAGUAGAAAAAAAGGAAUACAUUUAUUAUAUACUAGCUAUAACCCUUCAAGGACACAAUGCAUGAUUUUCCCAUCUACUAAAUUUACUUGAUGAAAUAUACACUCAAGUAAUGCACUUUAUAAAAAUCCAAAGAAUCCUAAUUAGUGCCCCCUUUCCCUCCCAGGUUCAUAACCGCACACUUUUUAAAUGCUCUGAACUAUAUUAAUAUUCUAAUGUCCCAAACACUUUUACAUUUCCGCAAGGCAAAAGAAAAUAUUAAGCACACAACGGUCUUGCAUAUUUCUUUAAGAAUCUCACUUAGCGCAGAUAUCAGGAAUUUGUUUCAGUGAAAUCAGCGAAACCCAUUAGCAGUAAGUUACAUAGUUACAAAGAGAAUUAAGUAUUUUGAUUUAUAUAAAUAUUAUUUGACAGAUUCAUUGGGUUUACAAAAGUCACCUUUUGAUAAAAAAAAAUGUCUAUCCCUUGGUAAAGCUAUAAAAUAUGCUUAUCAUAAACUAGUCUUGAAAUUAUUGGUCUCGUCCCCUCUUGUUGGAAAUUGCAGGAAAACAAGUAUUUGGAUAAAAUAUCAGUUUUAAGAGUAACAUAUUAUAUGUGCUUCAAAAUUGUUUUGUUUUUUAAAAUUUCUAUUUAGAGAAGAAAUUAAAAAAAAUUGAUAUCUGGUUUGCAAUGUUUUAAUAUUUUUACAUGUUUAUGUGUAAUUAAUUUAUUUUUCAUUAUCUUCCCAGCUGAGCCACUACCUCUAAUGGAUAUAUGCCGAAGGACAAUACGGGCACAACUAGGCAAACACAGACUUCAAGAGACACACUCCCUUCCCAUACCCACUUCACUAAAACAAUAUCUGCUCUACCAGUCAUAGCAUCGAGUCAACAGCUAUAUGCACAGCAUCACUAGCCAUCACAUUUCUCUUCAUUCAUCUCAAAACAUUGC